CCAGGAGCCGGGCUGGGGGGGGGCGGGGGUCGUGUCCCCCCUCCCCUCAGCCCGUGGUUGGUCCAGCCCCCGGUCAUUGUCCCCAAUGUCGCUGUCCCGCAGUUCACGACGGCGCCCCCGGCCCCGCCCGCGGCCCCCGAGCCCCGCAAGGUGGAGCCCCCGGCGCCGUCCCCGGUGCUGCGGAGCUGCCGUGUCCCCGUGCUGUCCCCGCUGUCCCCGGUGCAGGCCUGGGUGGAGUCCCUGCGUCACCCCGAGGACACGCUGCGGGGCCUGGCCGACCUGCACCCCGAUGUCUUCGCCGUCAGCCCCAGGCUGGACAUCCUGCACGCGGUGGCCACGUGGCAGAGGAACUACAAGAGGAUUACGGGGACACGGGGAUGGGGACAGCCUGUGGACAUCCUGGGGAUAUCUUGGACUGCCCUGGAGACAUCAGGGUUUGGUGCCCUUGCUUUGGGGUCUCUGGGACACCCUGGGGACACCCAGGACCAUCGUGGGGACAUCCUGGGGACAUCAGCAACCACUCUGGGGACACCAGGCCUGGCUGUCCCUGCUUUGGGGUUCCUGGGGACAUCCUGGGCCACUCUGGGGACGCCCUGGGGACAUCAGGAACCACUCUGGGGACACCAGGCCUGGCUGCUCCCCUCAGUCUGGGCCGGGGAAGGUGUCCCCUGCCCGGGGAUGUCACCGUGUCCCCUCCUGGCAGGUGGCAUUGCCCACGGCCCGCGGGGCCCCACCAGCUACUUCUACAUGCUGCCCAUGCGGGUGCGGGUGCUGGGGCUGAAGGUGGCCCUGAGCGUGAAGCUGAUGCAGGACGAGCUGCACGUGGUGGACAGCCUGGAGCUGCCCAGCAGCGACCCCCGGUACCUGCUGGAGCUGGCCCGGGCCCGGCGCUGGGGACACUCGGUGCUGCUGGUGGACACCAGGCGUCCCGAACUGUCCCCAAACUGUCCCCAAACUGUCCCCAAACUGUCCCCAGGGCUGAACGUGCACAGCCUGCUGAAGCACCAGACGCUGGUGCUGACCCUGGGCGCCGUCGCCUUCCUGGAGCAGCGGCUGCUGUGGCACGACUCGCGCUACUCGCCCCUGGUGCCCUUCUCCCUGCCCCACCGGGACACCCCCGGGGCCGCCUGAGACCCCCGGGUGGCGUCUGUCCCCCCCCGGGUGGCGUCUGUCCCCCCCCGGGUGGCAUCUGUCCCCACCGUGGGGCAGGAUCCCGUCGGGAAAGGAUUUGGGGACACGGUGGCACAGCGAGGUUUUGUCCCCUCUCCGUGUCCUGAAAGGAUUUCCUGGAGCCCCCCCGGGUGGCAUUUGUCCCCCCCCGGGUGGCAUUUGUCCCCCCGGGUGGCAUUUGUCCCCCCAGGCUGAUCCAGCCCCUCUGGCUGGGAUCUGUCCCCGCUCCCGUCGGGAAUUCGGGCGCUGCUGUGGCCAUUAAAGGGACUUUUUUCCA